AUGGACGUGGACAUGAAAAAUAAGGAUGAGAUUGACGACAAGCGCGACAGGGAGAGGGACCGUGAGUUCGACCGCGACAAGGACCGUGAAAGAGACAGAGAGCGCGACCGAGACCGUGACAGGGAUCGCGAUAGGAGGGACCGCGACAGGGACCGCGAUCGUGACAGGAGGGACACAGGUCGCGGCGGUAGGAGCCGGACUGACCACUGGGAACCAGACGACAGACGGAAUGGAGAUGCGAGUCCCUUGCGUCGUUCAGCUUCGCCUCGUGAGCGCAGGCAUUCACGCCGUUCGCGCUCUCGCAGUCGCAGUCGGACGCCCUCGCGCUCCCGCAGCCGUGACCGCGGUGACCGUAAGCCUGCUGAUCCGUUCCCUCGCUCCCUUGGUGGGCCCAUGAACGCAACUCACGAAGAAGCCGUCGAAUUUGCCAAGAUCAGCAAGAGAGAAAACCGAGUUUAUGUCGGCAAUCUCAGUUACGACGUCAAGUACCGUGAUCUAAUGGAAUUUAUGAGGGGAGCUGGUGAGGUUCUAUUCGCCGAAGUACUCGUCACGCCAACGGGAGUGUCCAAAGGCUGUGGCAUUGUUGAAUUUGCUUCACCUGAGGAUGCGCAGCGCGCCAUCCGCGAACUCUCCGAAGUGGCCAUGCUCGGUCGCCCUGUAUUUAUUCGCGAGGACCGGGAGAACGAAUCGCGCUUCGGCGCUACGCCUGUCCCAGGCAAGAUUGGAAUGGCGAUGGCAGGGCAAGGUUUGCAUGCGCAGCCACCUCCACGUCCGCCCCAUCAUAAUUAUUUUGGAACUCACAACAAUCCGGGCAAUCAGUUGUAUGUUGGUAAUCUACCAUACCAGGCUGGUUGGCAGGACCUCAAGGAUUUGUUCCGUUCGGCUGGUAAUAUUAUUCGGGCUGAUAUUAACAUUGGUGCGGAUGGGCGUCCCAAGGGCUCCGGAACUGUAGUCUUCGAGACUGCGGCUGAUGCUAAGCAAGCCAUCGGUAUGUACCACGGCUUUGACUGGUAUGGCCGGACACUUGAGGUUCGGGAGGAUCGCUAUGCUGGCCUUUCUGGCCCAGGCUCAUUCCGUGGCAGCCCUUUCCGGGGUGGUGGUGGUGGUGGCGGCGGCGGUUAUGGUGGUCGUGGUCUACGUGGUGGCUUCAGAGGUAGCCUCCGUGGUGGUUACCGUGGCGGGUUCGCGCCCUCUGGUCCUGCUCGUGAUUUCUCGAAUCAAGACUUGUACGCAGACUACUCCGGCCCUGACCAGCCUGCUGCUCACGGUGGUCUGAGAAUGGAUGGCUACGGUAGCGGCUACGGGAGUAGUGGCUAUGGCGUGCCAGGUGGUGGUGGCGCGGGGCAAAUCAUGGUUCGCAAUCUCCCUUGGUCGACCGCAAAUGAAGAUCUCGUCGAGUUGUUCGAGACUACUGGGCAAGUUGAGCUCGCUGAAAUCCUUUUCGAUGGCGCUAGAUCCAAGGGAUGCGGUGUUGUCCAGUUUGCUCAGGUUCAAGAGGCAGAGACGGCUAUUGCAAAAUUCCAGCAGUACAUGUAUGGUGGACGCCCUCUCGACGUGCGGUUCAACGACCGAUGGCAUACAUUUACACCUACUGCAGCCAAGGGCGGUCAGGUGAUGCCCAUGCAGGCGGAGUGA